AUGUCCUACAUCCCGGGCCAGCCCGUCACGGCCGUGGUGUUCAGGUUUGCCAAGUAUUACCGGAGGGCAGAUGUCGAUUUCCGAACGCUGAUCAAAGCUUACGGGAUCCGUUUCGAUAUCAUGGUGAACGGCAAGGCAGGGAAAUUUAACAUCAUCCCAACGGUAAUCAACGUGGGAUCCAGUCUUGCGCUAAUGGGAGUGGGGGCGUUCCUCUGUGACCUGGUGCUGCUGUACCUUCUUCGAAAGAGCGAGUUUUACAGAGGGAAAAAAUACGAGGAAGUGAGGUCGAAUCCCAAGAAAACUUUACCGGCAAGCACCAUUGACGGGAAUCAGGAGGCUGAGAACCAGAGUGAAGAUUCUUCAUCCCAGUUGGAUCAGCUUUAGAUGGUUGAGACCUAAAAGCUGUUUUGACUCUGGAACGACGUCAUCCGUUGUUAAGAGAAACCACGGACCCCAGGAAG